AUGGAGCACCGCAUCGUGGGGCCCGGGCCAUACCGGGCCACCAGGCUGUGGAAUGAAACAGUUGAACUUUUUCGCGCCAAGAUGCCAUUACGGAAACAUCGCUGUCGUUUCAAAAGUUACGAGCAUUGCUUCACAGCGACCGAAGCUGUGGAUUGGCUACACGAGCUGCUGAGGUGCAGCCAAAACUUUGGCCCUGAAGUGACCCGCAAACAAACGGUCCAGCUGCUAAAAAAAUUCCUGAAGAACCACGUUAUUGAAGACAUCAAGGGAAAAUGGGGCCAGGAAGACUUCGAGGACAACCGUCACUUGUACAGAUUUCCUCCUUCUUCACCUCUGAAGCCUUAUCCAAAGAGGCCCCCAUAUCAAAAGGAUGUUAUUAAAUUUCCAAAAUGGGAUGAUCCCCCACCAGGCACUUCACAAGAGAACAUCCCAGUGAGGCCACUUGUGAUGAAUCCUGAGAUGUGGUAUAAGCGUCACAGUAUUGCUAUUGGAGAGGUGCCGGCUUGCCGUCUUGUCCACCGCAGACAGCUGACAGAGGCCAAUGUAGAAGAGAUCUGGAAGUCGAUGACAUUAUCAUAUUUACAGAAAAUCCUUGGCCUGGAUUCCUUAGAAGAGGUUUUAGACAUUAAACUUGUCAACUCCAAGUUCAUCAUCCAUAAUGUAUACAGUGUGAGCAAGCAAGGAGUUGUUAUCCUUGAUGACAAGUCAAAAGAACUUCCUCAUUGGGUACUGUCAGCUAUGAAGUGUUUGGCAAAUUGGCCUAAUUGUUCAGAUUUGCAGCAGCCUAUGUAUUUAGGAUUUGAAAAAGAUGUCUUUAAAACUAUAGCUGAUUACUAUGGUCGCUUGAAAGAGCCUCUACUUACGUUUCACCUUUUUGAUGCCUUUGUCAGUGUAUUAGGUUUGUUACAGAAAGAGAAAAUGGCCAUCGAAGCCUUCCAAAUUUGCUGCCUCCUCCUGCCCCCUGAAAAUAGGAGAAAGUUGCAGCUGUUGAUGAGGAUGAUGGCAAGGAUCUGCUUAAAUAAGGAGAUGCCACCACUGUGUGAUGGCUUUGGCACCCGAACACUGAUGGUUCAGACAUUUUCCCAUUGCAUCUUGUGUUCCAAAGAUGAAGUGGACUUGGAUGACUUACUAGCUGCUAGGUUGGUGACAUUUCUGAUGGACAAUUACCAAGAGAUUCUGAAAGUCCCUUUGGCCUUGCAGACCUCCAUAGAGGAGCGUGUGGCCCAUCUACGAAGAGUCCAGAUAAAAUACCCAGGAGCUGACAUGGAUAUUACUUUAUCUGCUCCAUCAUUUUGCCGUCAAAUCAGCCCAGAGGAGUUUGAAUACCAAAGAGCAUAUGGCUCCCAGGAACCUCUGGCAGCCUUGUUGGAGGAAGUCAUCACAGAUGCCAAACUCUCCAGCAAAGAAAAGAAGAAAAAAUUGAAGCAGUUUCAAAAAUCAUAUCCUGAAGUCUAUCAAGAACGAUUUCCUACACCAGAAAGUGAAGCACUUCUGUUUCCUGAAAAACCUAAAGCAAAACCACAACUGCUGAUGUGGGUGCUAAAAAAUCCCUUCCAACCAUUUCAAAGAACUAGAAGUUUUCGGAUGUAA